AUGAAGUUCUCCAGCCUCCUUCUCAUUGCCCCCAUUGCUGCCCUCGCAGCCCCCACUCUCUCCGGUAGAGAUGUAGCGCUGUCUCAAGACGAGGCCAAGGCCUACAAGCGCAGCCAGGACGAUGCGAAGGCCUACCGCGACCUCUCCCAGGAUAACGCAAAGGCCUACCGUGAUCUCUCCGCAGAUGACGCGAAGGCUUACAAGCGCAGCCAGGAUGAUGCCAAAGCCUACAAGCGCAGCCAGGAUGAUGCGAAGGCCUACCGCGACCUCUCCGCAGACGACGCAAAGGCUUACAAGCGCAGCCAGGAUGAUGCCAAAGCCUACAAGCGCAGCCAGGAUGAUGCGAAGGCCUACCGCGACCUCUCCGCAGACGACGCAAAGGCUUACAAGCGCGGCCAAGAUGAUGCCAAAGCCUACAAGCGCAGCCAGGAUGACGCCAAGGCCUACCGUGAUCUCUCCGCAGAUGACGCGAAGGCUUACAAGCGCGGUCAGGACGAUGCCAAAGCCUACAAGCGCAGCCAGGACGACGCAAAGGCCUACAAGCGCAGCCAAGAUGAUGCCAAGGCCUACCGCGACCUCUCCGCAGACGACGCAAAGGCUUACAAGCGCAGCCAGGACGACGCAAAGGCCUACAAGCGCAGCCAAGAUGAUGCUAAGGCCUACCGUGAUCUCUCCGCGGAUGAUGCGAAGGCCUACAAGCGCAGCCAGGACGAUGCUAAGGCCUAUCGCGACCUUUCUCAGGACAACGCAAAGGCGUACCGCGACCUUUCCCAAGACAAUGCCAAGGCUUACAAGCGCAGCCAGGACGACGCCAAGGCAUACUAG